UGGCGGCCUAGUCUUGCCGUGACAUUAUGGCCUGGAGGAGUGAAAUCGCGUUCGUUGCCCUGAUUGUGGCCCUGAUCCUGACCGUCGGCAGCCAGGCCUCGCAGUUAAGUCGCGACGAGAGCCGCGAGGAUGAGGAAACCAACUUCAACCUGGCUACCACGCUGACUGGAGGCAUCCGCAGCAGUCGCCACCACCAGCGGGCCAAUCUCAACUCGAAUCUGUAUCCGGAUAGCACUCAGCCGGGUGCGGGCUACGGCAGCGACGACAUCGAUGAGCCACAUGGGCACGAGCAGGGCGGAUACACUCCGAGAGCAGGUGGCUCCAAUUCUAUCGGCUAUGCUGGAUCACAGGGUCCUGCAGCGUUUCCCGGGCAAGAGCUUCCGGCUGGGACUUAUCCGCCUCCUGGCUACCCGGCCACAGGUUCGCCUCAGCCUCCGGUUAAUUAUCCCAGUGGAAUUCCAGGCCAACUGCCAGGAGUACCCGCCUAUCCACAGCCAGGAGUACAGGCCUAUCCACAGCCAGGCGGACACGCCUAUCCACAGCCAGGAGUUCCCGGCUACGCCUAUCCUGGAGUUUAUCUGCCUCAAUUCCCCGGCUAUCCGCAGCCUGGGGCAUAUUUUGGCUACGCACCAGGAGCUCCGGGCGGCCCUCCAGUGGUAGUCCAUCCUGGGGCAGCUGCUCAGGCUGGAGCUGGUGAUUCGGCGCCUUAUAACCCUCACAAGAGCAGCAGACACCACAGCCGCUACCCAUCGCACGAUGCCCGAGAUCCAGAGCACUGGGACCACAGGUUCUCCAUGAACACCGAGUACAAGGAGGAUGGCGUUCACAAGGGCCCCUUUGAUGUCCUGAACAACCACAAUGCCUUCGGGUAUGGCAGCGGUUACGGGGGCGGCUACAAUGGCGCCUUCAAUUCACCGGCCUUUUGAAAUGGAAGGCAAGGCACAAUCUGGAGGAGAGUCGUAGUCAUAAGUGGGAAGCUCUGUGGCAAGGGACAGCUGUGUGAGUCCGUCUGUCUGCUCUGGCUCUGAAUAAACUUGAUUUUACCACACA